AUUAGUUGUCAGUAGUGUGUGUAGGGAGGUGGUAGCUAUAGAAGUUUCUGGUGACACGUGUUCUCCACAUGACCCAAGUUUUAAAUACCGUUUUUAUUACUGUUGUCGAAGAAACACCAUAUCAGUGCAUACAAAUAGUGAUGCAAUAACAGUGUGCUGUUAUCUUUUACCCCUGCCUUGCGAUAGCUAGGCGAUCAAAAUUAUUUUUAUAAAUAAUACGUGAUGAAGAAAAGUAUAAUUCUGCACCAUGUGAUAUUUUUUUAAUGUAUGAGGACAUUUUAAGAGACUAAAGGAUAACCCGAUGCUAUGGAUGUGAACGUUUUUAAUGUAUUGCCCAACUUUAGAACGAAUUCAAGAAAUAAGAAGAAAGUGGAUUAGGACGUGGGAAUUAGUUUUCGAAGUAUCGCUAGAAUUGCCUUUGUUCAGCUUACGAGCAUAAAAGGUAGUCUGAAUGGACUUACUGUGGCAUUCAACAUCGGCUUGAUCGAUAGAAGCAGGACGAGGCCGAUAAAUCUUGUGACCUUUACAUUUCCCAGAACAGAGACGUGCAUUCGUGAGAAAAAAGGAAGACCGUCGUAUAAAGUUCGCGCGCAUUUCUAUUUGAAUUAAGUGGACUGGUUACUGUUACUGGGGUAGGCUAGGCAUAUUACGGUAAUUUUUCGUUUUAGCCUAGUGUAGCCUAUUACUCGUCUCUUCCAUUUGAUGCCAUUGUCACCAUUUCCGUUGUACUGAUGCCAUUCCCCCAGUCGUGUCAACGCUUCCAUUAUGCAAAUUGGGCUCCAGGGUGUCAAAAAUUCGGUAUUAUCGAUUUCACGUGAAAUGGUUUAGACCUAUUGUGUUAACGAUGUGAACUGUUAUGGCGUUUAUUUCCUGUAUGUCGUGAAGGGCCAAGCAGUUUCGUGUACUGGAAAUGUUGCCUUGUUUAGGCUUAUAUGCCUGUGUUUCAAUGCGACGUCAUUCAAAGGAAUUACACUCUUGGAUUGCCUUAUAGAAUUUGCGAUGGAGUAUAUUGGUUGAGCAGCUUUCCUCCCAACUAUGAAGGACAAAAGUUUUGAAGGAGAAUGUGUUGGGGUUGUGACAGGUGGAGGUGGUAGUGUUAAGGGAGAAACGUCGGACACCAACACCACCUCCACUCCAGUUUCCACCGAUGUCAAUGGGAAUCCUCCUACACAUCCUCAGGAUCUGCAGCUACAGACCUCACGUGGCGGACCCCGACUUCUUUCGAUUACUAGGGGUGACCACGGCUUCGGCUUCACGCUUCGACAUUUCAUCGUCUACCCACCCGAGUUAUCGGAAUUGCUGGGCGAGCAUGUGGGAGAAGAGGCGGCAUCCUCCAUCACGUCUUUGGAACCUCUGGAUACCAUUUUUGUGAAACAUGUCAAGCAAGGGUCCUCGGCGCAUCUGGCCGGACUCAAGACUGGUGACAGAGUCGUCAGUGUAAAUGGUGAGAGUGUUGGGUCUUGCACCUAUCAAGAAGUGGUGGCAAUCAUACAGAGAUCACCGCCUACCUUGCAGCUCAUGGUGGUACCCAGGGAAGAGGACCUCUUACAGCAGGUUUUUGGAGACACUGCCCAUAAUCCUGAAAGUAAUUUGGAUAUUCGAAUCGCAAGUCCAAGUCCCUUGCCUAUACAUGCGCAAAUGAGACAGCAGCAUUUCUUUCCUCCAGCAAGUUUAACUGAUUCUGGCUUACUUGUUUCUCCUUCACACUACCCAUCCAGUCUUUCACCAUCAGCUUGGUCUUCACAAUCAUCAUUGUCUUCACAUAUUUCUGCCAUGUCAACUGGACCUCAUCCACAGCCAGUUAUGAUGGGACAUCCCCAGUUCCAGCGACCUCAGCAACCACCCAUCAUGCCUGCUCACCCUCAGCAUCCAGGGGCAAAUCCUACACCUUCUGCACCACAGAGGGCAGGGGGAAGAAAGCAUUCCUUAAAUGCUGGUGGUUCUGGAAAUACACAGCCAACUGUGGCUUCUGCAAGCAGGAAGCAGUCACUACCUGUUGCUGCCAGUGAUCGAAGGCAGGCAGUACAUACUAUUCAGAGCAAAUUGUCUUCAGUGCCUCUUCAUGUGCCUUCUACAACUGGGAAUAACAGUCCUGUGCCAACUAGUACAAACAAUUCUUCAAAUGAGCCUUCCAAUACAUCUGUUUUUGGAGUUUAUGAGCCUAUUUUAGAUCGAGCUUUGGUCAGAGGAAAUGUAAGAGACAGUAGAAGAUUAGAGCGCGAUCCAGAUGGUCGUAUCUAUGAAGUGGUGCAGACAAGAGUUGUUGAGAGCAAGAUGAAUGCUGGGGACACUAAGAAAACACCAGAUCAGGUAGCCCCAGGAUCACAUGUUGGCCGAAAAUCUUCUGUAGGUGGAGAGGCAGAAGCUAAGCGUGUACGUGUUCAGUCACUUUCACCGCCUCGUUUAAGAGUUGACCAGGCCCACUUGCGCAGUGCAAGUGUACACACAAGACCAGAUGGCUCCAAACUAAUUCGUGAUGGACCUGUGCAUGGAAGUCAUCAAAGUCUCAAAAGCACAAAAGCAGAAGCAAUCACACAAAGUGGCCAUAAACUUAAUCGUGCUCGUAGAAGUUGUACAGAACCUAUAACUUGGAUUAGUGACUAUUAUCAAGACAAUGGCAAAACUCAAGAAGUUAUAGAAAGAAUAAAAAAGAAUGUUGAGAGGAAAGAAGAGUUUCUAAGAAGGCCCAACCAACCAAUAUGGCUUCCAGCCAGUAAAGCCCCCAUUAUCCAUAGAGACUAUCAUGUUAGUCCUCAGAAGUUUCCUAAACCUCUCUGGCCUCCACCUGGAGCUCAGACUCCACCCUCCCCUGGCACUAUAACCAAAGCCCUCAGUUUUAUUGUAACUCCAAAGCAACAAGAGCAUUCGCAUUUGCGAAGGGUGAAAUCUGAGAUUGAGCAUCGGUCUUCAAGUCAAGGAGCGAAAGUGAGGGGAGGAAGUGUACCUACUGACAUGUCUUCUGAAAAGUCAGCUGAGGAUAUUGAUGGCAUUGAUAAAGAGAAUAAGUGCUCAAAUGAGGAAGCUAGUACAAAUAUGCAUCGAUCUUUGGUUGGCAAUUCUGUACCCAAGCCAUACCCAGGGAGUGGCACUGAUUCUGGUGCUGCAGGUGCAAGGUAUGGAAAGCCAUUUAUCAGUACAUUGUCCCGCAUUCAGGAGAAUAUUCCUAUUCCAGAAAUGGGGUCUUCCUCAUCUCUCUCAAGUCAGGGACGACAAGGUAGCAGAAAAGAUGAUUCUUCACAAAGUUGUACCCCAUUUGGCACACCCACUGGAAGUCAAACAUCCCUUAAUUCACCAAGUGUUAGAUCGUUUCCCCUUGCCUGGGUUGGUGAUAAUGAAAGGAUCAAGCAGCUCCAGAUUGUUUCACGAAGAGCCAAACAAUUUGAAACUAACAUCUCUGAAAAAGAACCUUCAGGAAAAUCUGCUUUUCAUCGGUUUGAGUUGUCCAGGCUUUCUCAGCGUUCAAAAAUUCCUAAUGUUGCUCAACGCAAGCAAGAAUUUGAAAAAGAUGGCGAUCAACUUCCAUCUGGUUUUGAAUUUGAAUUCGGUACUCACUACACUAACUCCCCGAGACAACGUAAAAGUGCAGAGUUAGCACGAUGUGAGCGCAUUUCUUAUGAGUUAUCUCCAUCGCCACCUAAAGUGUUUAGGUCUUUGUCUGAUGGUGGCAGUGUCUUCCCUGUAAGCAGACAUCUCUAUUCACCUAUGCCAGAAGAUGUGGCUUUGCAUUCUUCCACUAUGUCAAAUGCUUCAAAUGGACCAAGGGUUUCUAUGAAUCGUACUAUUCCAGUGGGUGGCCCUCAUAUACACUGCGAACCCCCUAAACAGUACAGACCUCAGAGUGAUUCAGAUGUCUUGGAAAGAGAGCGGUCAAAUUCAGUCUGCUCUCAAGUUUCAAUGUCAAGCCUCUGGUCUACACAAUCCAUGGAUGACUCUGGCCUUGGACGAACUAAAACUGUCGCCCGCCAGAAUUCUUACCUAAGUGCCCUUCGGUCUCCCUUACCUGACGGAGACUUACCCAAGAAACCCAGUGAGGGUAAAACAGCCUCGUCCACUUCUUCCACUCCUUCUUCGGGAGUUGGUGGGAGCAGUAACGAGGCCAUUCGUACCAUCUCCAACACCACCAACACUACCGCCACCAAUCCUUUAUAUCCCCAACCUCCUGUGAUGAUGCAUUCUGCUGCCACUACUAUCACUACUACUACUGCUGCCGCUCUUACUCCCCCCCCUGUUAGUCUCAUCACUUCCAUGGGCCACCAUCUCCCUCCUCGCCCAAAGCGUCCGACAUUUUUGCCCAUCAAGAAUCAUGCCCGUCCUGCACACUCCUUCCCCUUCAAUGAAAAGCAGCAGUCUCCCAGCACGCCUUCUGCUGCUGCUCCUGCUCCUGCUCCUGCUGGUGGUGGUGGUGUGAGGGGAGGACCGGAGGGCGUGAGGUCGCAUGAGCCCUUCUUCCUCCUUAACCCUAGCUCGAGCACCACAGCAGCCAAUCAGAAUGCACCCUCCUCCUCCCCCUGCUCCUCAUCCUCGCCGUUGCUCGCCAGCCUGACCAAUAGCAUGUACCAGUUAUCUGCAGUGGCUACGCCAUCUGCUGCUGCUGCUGGUACACCCACUGGCGGAGAGGUCAUGGGCGUGGUGACCUCAGCUGCCACACCCACUGUGUCCACCACCAGUGCCCCCACCACCACAACUUCGACCUCAACUACGACGCCCACCAAUGCCACUGCCAUGGUGUCAAGAAGAGGAAAAACGGCCUACGAGGACGAAGGGGAAAGGUUGGUGCGACGGGUAUCGUACCUGAAAGCUACAUCCGGGGAACGUAUGUACUCGGACUCUGAACUCGACUCCGACUUCGACGACGUUACGGCUGAUCGCAGCGAUGGCGUAGAACUGGUGAGGGUGGUCGGAGGUGUUGUGGCCACCCCCAGCACUCCUGCUGGCCCUCUGUGCGUUGCAGAUCUGCCCUCCCCGGCUUCCUUGCACUCGGCCGUCCUCCGCCAGGGGACGCUCAAUGUCAAGCUCACCAUUGUGGAUGGGAAGAAAGCGGGAGAUCGAUCGUGGAAGAACGUGUGGGCGGUGGUGCAAGGGCGGGCGCUCAUUUUCUACAAAGAUCGACAGCAUGCCCUCCAGACCCCCCUUGGAGUAGAAGAGCAGAUUUCUUUACGUGGUGCUGAAGUGGAAGUGGCCAGUGACUACACAAAGCGACGAAAUGUGUUGCGUUUGGCCACCCCAGGCGGCUCACAGCUGCUUCUCCAAGCUGAGACUCCUCCAGAAAUGCUUGCUUGGCUCUCCACUUUACAGGACAACUGUGCUAUACAGGAAGGAGAAACAGGCAGCAAAACCCCCAUGAACAACAAUGUGUCACCUCAGUCCAGUAAUAAAGGCAUGCGAAAAUUAGCAUCUAUAAGAACAAGGUCACCCACUGGCCAGUCUCCAUCAACCAAAACUCGCAAACCCAGCAAUAUAGAAAGUAACUCAUCACCAAAGUCAAAAACAUGGAGAGGGCAUUUGGUAAGGCCAUUCAUGAAGAAGAUGCAAGGUGGAUCUCCAGCUGUAACCCCUACUACUCCAUUACCUGAGGGGGCUACUAUAGGUGUAUGCUUAGAAGACUGCCCUCAAUCACCUGAAAAUGACUUUGUGCCACUUCUGGUAGCACUUUGUAUUAGUGUGAUUGAGACUCGAGGUCUACAGACUCAAGGAAUUUACCGUAUUCCUGGGAAUAAGGCAGCUGUGACACACUUGACAGAGAUGCUUAACAAGGGUCCUAAAGCCAUUGAUUACAGUGACCCUAGAUGGUCUGAUGUAAAUGUGAUCUCCAGCAUGUUGAAGCAGUUCUUCCAAAAAUUACCAGAUCCUCUCUUCACUUGUGAGCUCUAUCCUCAUUUUAUAGAGGCUAGUAAAAUAGAGGAUCCCAGUCAGAGGAUGAUGGAACUGAAGAGAAUUGUGCAUGAGUUACCUGAUCACCAUUAUGAAACCUUGCGAUUUUUGAUGAUGCAUUUAAGCCUCAUUGUCAGCCAAAGUGAAUAUAACAAGAUGGAUGUUCGGAAUCUAGCUAUUGUCUUUGGACCAACACUGGUGCGGUCUGGUGAUGACAACAUGGUCACAAUGGUCACUGAUAUGUCUCAUCAGUGUCGUAUUGUAGAAACACUGAUUAGUCAGGCUGCAUGGUUUUUCAAUGAGGAAGAUGGUGAAGACUCAGGCCCACCAAUAACUGACUCUUCUGAUGUUCAUAGUCCAUCAGAACAUCUGUCAACCCAUGUAGACCAUGAGACACCUUCCAGUCAGUCAAUGUUACUUCAUAAUAUAAACAAAGUUGGAGGUAAUCUAAAGGGAGACUUGAAGAAAGACAUUGUAUCUUCCAUAAUAUCUGCAGCUAAUAGGAAGGUGUAUAAGGUGAAAAACAAAAAGAAUCUAGAGGAUAAAGUGAAUGAUGAUUCUAAAUUUAAUAGUGACAAAGAGGGUGGCUUUGAGGAGCGAGAUAUUGAUAAGGAGGCUGAACUAAGAAAAAAUAGACUGCUCAUGAAGCAGAUGGAAAGCAUGGUAGAGUUACCAGAUCCAAAGCCAAUGAGUGAACGUAAAAUCUCAAACAUGAGUUUGAUGAGUGUACAAAGCCAUGCAUCAGGUGUGUCUAGUGCAUCUCAGAAUUCCAUGGUUGGUGAUAGAACUAGUGGUAGUGAACACUCAAAGUCUAGUAUUGCAGAGGAGGAAGAUGGACGUUUAUUCUGUGUUGUUAAAAGUGAUGGUGUAGGCGCUAGUACAACAUCGUUGUCUUCCAGUACCUCUACUCUAACCAGUAUGCCAACUAGCCAAAAGUCUAGUCAGUUAGCUCCAGAGCCACUUUCUCUUUUGGGAGAUGAAGUGGCCAUUAGAUCCUAUGCUGGUCUGAGCGCUAGCACACAAGAACGAAUCAGAAGAUUUGAGAUGGAGACAAGAGCCAUGCUUCACCGUGACCUAACAAAACACCGGAGAGAAACUGAAAGGCGUGACCUUGAGAGAAAAAGACUGGAGGAAUUAUGGCAAAAGGCCAAGCAAGAUAUGGAGUCCGAGGACAUUCUGGAUCAGUUAGCAGAUAAUCCAACAGAGGUUGUACGCAAAUUCUCAGACUACUCGUGGCGUAUGCAAGGCAUUAGUGAGAGUGUGGGUGGGGAGCGAGGAUCCUUGGCAUCUCAGGGUUCCAGCAGUAGCUCUCAGGCUGCACUCAUCUCUGCAGCGCUCUCUCACCAUCCCCUCUCUAACACCUCACUUACACCCACAACUAAUGUCUCCACCCAGGUAUCUAACACUACUGCUACCUAUCCAGAGCCUCCAUUAAUUCAAGUAGUUAAUGCACCAACUGCAGGAAUGGCAUGUGAAACAAACACAGACUCAAAGCAUGGCUUAAUACAGCAGCAGUCACUUCGUUGGCUUGAUUAUAAUACUGUAUCUCCACAUAGUACUUUAGGUUCCACUUCUUCCUCCAGUAGUUCCGGAUAUGGUAGUUUAACUCGUUCAUCUGAUCACAGGGAUGUAGAGGAUGUUAACAAAGCAAGUGAAACUGGCCAGACUGAUCUUAGUAAAUCUUACAUAUCACAGUCACCACCACCAACAUCUCCCUGUAGAACAAAAAAGAAAAAAUCAAGUAAAUGUUCUGGCAUCAUGUUUGGGUUAACAUCAUCUUCAUCCUCCCCAUCCCUCUUUCCUUCUAUGGUUGAAGGUGCUGCUGAAUUAACCCCAACACGGAAAAUUGGUCAGACUGUAAUCUAUCCUGAAAGCCCUCGCCCUCCACCACAUACCAGUCAUCUCUCCACGCAGUCUCGUCCUGCUCAAGUAACAGCAUCUAGCUCUACACUAACCCCCCACCCAAAUACACCUCAACUUGGACGCCAUAAAGAUUCGGUUCUGCAUCACAUCCUUCCCAGUCGUCUCUACCACUCCCCUCGACCCCUCCGUCGUGGAUCCUCUGCUGAGAAUGUGACUCAGCCUGUCAACAUCCCUCAGUCCCCCUCCACCUUUGACACACAAAGAGUGGUUAAUAAUGGCACUCUGAAGAGAGCCAGAGCCAACAGGGACCAGAUUUUAAAUGGACCCGAGAUGGGAAUGGCGCGGUGUAGUUCAUUAGAUUCUCUUCGAGAUGGUUCACAAGCACCACCUGAUGAUGGAAGUGACUUGCUGAGUGCCAUCACCGCAACCUUUGAGGAGAAAAUGCGUAGCUUACAAGAAUCUCCUCUGGGGCUUACAACUGCUGCUUCUGUAUUUGAUGAUAGCAUCAAUAGCCCUAACCAUUCCCUUGAGGCAGAUCAACCAAAUGACCAGGUUAAUAGAGUGAAGACAGAAUGCCGUCUAUACCGUGAUCCUUCUCUGCAUCGUCGCCGCACAAAUAGUCGCAAUACAUCUGCUACAACUUGUACUACCUCCGCAACCACUAACAAUACUGUAACUACUACCAACUCCAAGGUAGAAGAUGUAAGCCUCUCCAACAAAUAUACUGAAGAAGAAAAUAAACUGGUUUCUGAGGAUUCGAAAAGAGAAGCUAAAGUGAAAAGGUCUGAUUCCCUUACUAAGUCAGAAAAAACAGAGAAUAAUAUGAAAGAGAAGACAGAAAAGAGAGCAAGGGAACUUAAACGCACUGACACACAAGAAAGUCUCAACGAGAAAAGGCCCAAAGAAAUGAAAAGAUCAGAUAUCCAAGAAGCUAUGGGAAGGUCAAGGAAAUCAGAAACCAAAGAAAAUUCCACUGGACCAACAAAACGCAGUUCAGAAGUAAGAAAUAGAAAACAUAAUGUAAAGGAGUUAAAGGAAAAAUUUGAGCAAAAUACUGGUCCUCAGUCUAAUUCAAGUCCAAUGAAACCUUCAAAUAAUAAUAUGAACAACAAUAAGGUAAGUAAAUCAGGAAUGCGACGAACAGGUUAUAGAGGCCCUAUUAAAAGAAGGCAUACUGUUGGUGGAACUAAAGAUCUUGCCAAAUGGGCAUGGUUGCAGAGUGGUGAAGCAACACGAAAUAAUCCUAGGUCUGCUCGCCUUUCUGCCUGGGAACGAUUGCAACCACUAGUGGCAGAUGAACGACUGAACACAGACAGGUCUUUAGAGGCAUGGCUAGCUCAUGAGCGCAUAAGAACUUCUUCACCAGACCUCUCUAGACCACAGCAACUAGUGCUUCCUUGUGAUGUGGAUGAUAAAGAAAAUUUACACAGACGCCUCAGUGUUCAGGAAGCAACAUUGAAUCCUCUUUACCCAGUUUUAGAAAGCCAUGUAUAAAAGAUUCUACUAAAACAAUUUGUUAUUCCUGUGUUCCUUACUACAAAUCAUACUAGAUGUUAGCAAUUAAUUUGAUUUACAGGCUCAAUCUAGAAAAUGAACAGGACACUUGGGUGUGACACGAUGCUUGGAUAUAGACUAUAAUAAAGUGUUGGGAGUCUUAGGAAGGGUAAUGAACAGUGCUGUGAUUUUUAUCUUUUUAUAAGAUUUAGUUGGUAGUUGUUUGUACAUAUGUAAAUAAUCUCAUGAUUUUGACUUGCACAGGUUAAAAAUCCUCAUGUGUAAAUAAAAGUCCUAGAUAACAAUAGCUCACUGCAUUUCACCUGUAUAAUAUUCAGAUAUGAAUAUAGGGGAUAGCUAUUAGCUUUGUAAAUAUCAUGCUUCUUGCAAAGCAAGAAUACAUGUUGCAUGAAUAUAAAAGCUAAAUUUUGAAAUCAUUCAUUGUAUAAUUAUUCAUUUGAUAUACCAUAUAUAUUAUAUAUAUAUAUAUAAUGAAAUUUGACAAGUGAUAUUUAAUUUAGAAACUUUACUAAAAAUAAUAGUCUUGAAUGUAACGUCUCAUUAAAUAGUCAUAGUAGAUAUAUAUUGUUAUAAAGGAUAAAAUUUAUAUUGAAGUCAGAUAUAUGUAUACUAAAUGAUAUUGGUUCCAUGUUGAAGCCUUAAUAUCUUAAAUUUUGCUAAAUAAACAGUGAUCAAUGG